AUGCCUGUGUCACUUUCCUACUGCAGUUCAAAAGCGGUUUUACAAUUCAUGGAUGCCAAUAAGAGAUUCCGCAUCUCCAACAAAUGCCCCAAUCUCCGAACAGCUGAAAAGGCAACUCCUCUUCAAAUCCGUUAUCUCUUAUUUGAUAAAAUGAAAUUCACAGUCAACGAAACCACUUAUCAAUCAGGUCUCAUCCGCAGAUUUGAAAAAUAUGAUGACCUUCCAGAUCGUCUGAAAAUGGAGAACGAUUCGGGAGGAUCUACUUAUGAUUUGGACAAAAACGGACAUACCAAGGUGUACGGGGGAGAAGAAUAUGGCGCCCGGAGGCAUUCUGGGAGCUGGAAAAAUUCGUGA